GGCAGCACCACUGCCUCUAGUGACCCGGGCAGUGCCGUGUUGGCUUCUCGCUGUGCACCUGUCUCUAUGGCAAUGGCUCACUGUAGGUUCUCUUGACCUCGGUACAAAUAGAGAAGCCUCUAUCGAUAUCUUAAACAUGUAACGCUGCAUAUAACUUUGUUGUAAAAACAAAGUGCCGAGAGAACCACCAUUGUUGUCUGCGUGAAUUCCCGUGAGCAAAUGUUCUCAUUUUGCUAGUGAGGGCGUGGAGACCCAGGGCCCCUGCCUCACCUGACCCGAGCUUUUGAACUGAUCCUGCUUUGGCUCCUGGUCCCGGCACCCAGGCCCAUGGGAGGGGCCAACGAGUCGAGCGUCUCCGAGUUCCUCCUCCUGGGACUCUCGCGGCAGCCCCAGCAGCAGCGGCUGCUCUUUGUGCUCUUCCUGAGCAUGUACCUGGCCACGGUCCUGGGGAACCUGCUCAUCGUCCUGGCCAUCGGCACAGACUCCCGCCUGCACACCCCCAUGUACUUCUUCCUCAGCAACCUGUCCUUCGUGGACGUCUGCUUCUCCUCCACCACCGUCCCCAAGAUGCUGGCCAAUCACGCCCUCGGCACCCAGGCCAUCUCCUACUCUGGCUGUCUCACGCAGAUGUACUUUCUCUUCAUGUUCGUGGACAUGGACAAUUUCCUCCUGGCCGUGAUGGCCUAUGACCGCUUUGUCGCUGUGUGCCACCCCUUACAUUACACGGCGAGGAUGACCCGCCAGCUCUGUGUCCUGCUGGUCGCAGGGUCCUGGGUCAUUGCCAACAUGAAUGUCCUGUUGCACACCCUGCUGAUGGCACGACUGUCAUUCUGUGGGGACAACGCCAUCCCCCACUUCUUCUGUGAUGUGACUCCUCUCCUGAAGCUCUCCUGCUCGGACACCUGGCUCAAUGAGGCGAUGAUUCUGACUGAGGGGGCCCUGGUCAUGAUCGCCCCGUUUGUCUGCAUCCUGGCUUCCUACGCCCACAUCACCUGUGCUGUGCUGAGGGUGCCGUCCACGCGGGGCAGGUGGAAAGCCUUCUCCACCUGCGGCUCGCACCUGGCAGUGGUUUCCCUCUUCUAUGGCACCAUCAUCGCUGUGUAUUUCAGCCCUUCGUCCUCGCACUCGGCUGAGAAGGACACCGCGGCCACCGUGCUGUACACGGUGGUGACCCCCAUGCUGAACCCCUUCAUCUACAGCCUGAGGAACCGGGACUUGAAGGCGGCGCUCAGAAGAGCGGUCGGCAGCAAGACGUCUUCUGCCUGAUGAGAGAAUCCCAAGACGGAAUCUCGCUGCCAGGGAAACGUGUUUUUUGCCACUUGGGCUCCGUGUGGCGGCUGUUUGA